UUCGACUCGAGCGCAGGACAUGGCGGCAGGGAGCGGUGUCCGCUGGCUGACCCGGGUGGUCGCCGCCCGCAGCCCCGGAGCAUGGAGGGGUCUGAGUACCUCGGCGUCUGCCAGCGCCGCUUCCCAGAGCCAGGCCCAGGACGUGAGGGUGGAGAGCGCCUUUCCUGUGACCAUGCUGCCGGGAGACGGCGUGGGCCCCGAGCUCAUGCACGCGGUCAAGGAGGUGUUCAAGGCUGUCUCUGUCCCCGUGGAGUUCCAGGAGCACCACCUGAGCGAGGUGCAGAACAUGGCCUCUGAGGAGAAGCUGGAGCAGUUGCUGAGUUCUAUGAAGGAGAACAAAGUUGCCAUCAUUGGAAAGAUUCAUACCCCAAUGGAGUAUAAGGGGGAACUAGCCUCCUAUGACAUGAGGCUGAGGCGUAAGUUGGACUUAUUUGCUAAUGUAGUCCACGUGAAGUCCCUUCCUGGGUACAAGACUCGGCACAACAAUCUAGACCUGGUGAUCAUUCGAGAGCAGACAGAAGGGGAAUAUAGCUCUCUGGAACAUGAGAGUGCGAGAGGUGUAAUUGAGUGCUUGAAGAUUAUCACUCAAACCAAGUCCCAGCGGAUUGCAAAGUUUGCUUUUGACUAUGCUACCAAGAAGGGGCGGAGCAAGGUCACAGCUGUCCACAAGGCCAACAUCAUGAAACUUGGGGACGGGCUGUUCCUGCAGUGCUGUGAGGAAGUUGCUGAACUGUAUCCCAAAAUCAAAUUUGAGACAAUGAUAAUAGACAAUUGCUGCAUGCAGCUGGUACAGAAUCCUUACCAAUUCGAUGUACUUGUGAUGCCCAAUCUAUAUGGGAACAUUAUUGACAAUCUAGCUGCUGGCCUUGUUGGAGGAGCUGGUGUGGUCCCUGGUGAGAGCUAUAGUUCAGAGUAUGCAGUUUUUGAGACGGGUGCCCGGCACCCAUUUGCCCAGGCAGUGGGUAGGAAUAUAGCCAAUCCCACAGCCAUGCUGCUGUCGGCCUCUAACAUGCUGCGGCACCUCAAUCUUGAGAAUCACUCCAGCAUGAUUGCAGAUGCAGUGAAGAAGGUGAUCAAAGUUGGCAAGGUUCGAACCUCUGAUAUGGGUGGCUACACUACUUGCCAUGACUUCACCGAAGCUGUCAUUACAGCUCUACCCACCUCUUAAAUCCUGCCCACCCAACAUGUGUGUAAAAGUGUUUCAACAAUAAAUAUGUGCCUC